GGUUACUGCAGAAGGGGUGUCAUUCUUCCUUGUGGGGUAUCGAUGGAGGGCUUUGCAACACUUGUACUUGUCUUCUCCAUCUUAAGAGUCUCCAUUGCAGUCGAUACAUUGACUGUAAAUCAAAUAAUUACAGAUGGUGAGACCAUAACUUCAGCUGGUGGGAGCUUUGAGCUGGGUUUCUUCAGUCCGGAUAGUUCCAGGAACCGAUACGUGGGGAUAUGGUACAAGAAAGUGGCUACUAGGACAGUUGUAUGGGUUGCCAACAGACAAAUCCCACUCACUGCUUCAUCCGGAAUUUUGAAGGUCACCGACCGGGGAACUCUUGUCAUUCUCAAUGGUACUAAUACCACAAUUUGGUCUUCUAAUUCAUCACGACCAGCACAGAAUCCAAAUGCUCAGCUUCUGGACUCUGGAAAUCUUGUCAUGAAAAACGGAAAUGAUAGUGACUCAGAAAAUUUCCUGUGGCAGAGUUUUGAUUAUCCAUGUAAUACUCUUCUACCAGGCAUGAAAUUUGGACGGAACAGAGUGACGGGGCUGGAUCGGUACCUGUCAUCAUGGAAGACCACUGAUGACCCCUCUAUAGGUAAUUUCACAUAUCGGCUUGAUCCUGGUGGAUCUCCACAACUACUGGUGAGGAAUGGUUCAACUGUGACCUUCCGCUCUGGACCAUGGAAUGGUCUACGGUUCAGUGGUUUUCCUCAAUUAAGGCCAAACUCUGUUUAUAGCUAUGCUUUCAUUUUUAAUGACAAGGAGACGUAUUAUACUUUUGAGCUUGUCAACAGCUCAGUCAUUACGAGGCUGGUGUUAAGUCCUGAAGGCUACGCUCAGCGAUUCACAUGGAUUGAUCGAACCAGUGAUUGGAUCCUCUACUCAUCCGCACAGACAGAUGACUGCGACAGUUAUGCAUUGUGUGGUGUGUAUGGCAUCUGUGAGAUCAACCGUUCUCCCAAAUGUGAGUGUAUGAAAGGGUUUGAGCCAAAGUUCCAGAGCAAUUGGGACAUGGCGGAUUGGUCAGAUGGAUGUGUUCGGAGUACUCCAAUGGUUUGUCAGAAGAGUAACGGGUUUUUAAAGUACUCUGGUGUGAAAUUGCCCGACACCCGCAACUCCUGGUUUAAUGAAAGCAUGAACCUUAAGGAAUGUGCAUCCCUGUGCUUGGGGAACUGCUCUUGCACUGCUUAUACAAAUUCAGAUAUCAGAGGAGGAGGAAGUGGAUGCUUGCUCUGGUUUGGUGACUUGAUUGAUAUCAGAGAGUACACUGAAAACGGGCAAGAUUUCUAUAUAAGGAUGGCUAAAUCAGAAUUAGAUGCUUUUGCAAUGACAAAUAGCGGUUCCAAAGGGGCGAAGCGGAAGUGGGUCAUUGUCAGCACCGUGUCAAUUGUGGGAAUCAUUCUCCUAAGCCUGGUCCUGACCUUGUAUGUCCUGAGGAAGAAGAGGCUAAGGAGAAAAGGAGCAGAAAUCAAUGAAAGAGAGGAAGAUCUAGAGUUACCAUUAUUUGACUUGGAUACAAUUUUGAAUGCCACUGAUAACUUUUCAAACGACAAUAAGCUUGGAGAGGGUGGUUUUGGACCCGUCUAUAAGGGUAUGUUGCAAGAUGGAAAAGAAAUAGCUGUGAAAAGGCUGUCAAAAGAAUCUAGACAAGGACUUGAUGAGUUUAAAAAUGAAGUUACACACAUAUCCAAACUUCAGCACCGAAAUCUUGUGAAGCUUCUAGGAUGCUGCAUUCAUGGGGAAGAGAAGAUGCUGAUCUACGAAUACAUGCCCAACAAAAGUUUGGAUUUCUUCAUUUUUGAUGGAAUGCAAAGCUUGGUAUUAGAUUGGCCUAAACGCUUUGUCAUUAUCAAUGGUAUUGCUCGUGGGCUUCUUUAUCUUCAUCAAGACUCCAGGCUCAGAAUAAUCCAUAGGGAUCUUAAAGCAGACAAUGUUUUACUUGAUAAUGAGAUGAACCCAAGAAUUUCAGACUUUGGCAUGGCUAGAAGUUUUAGAGGAAAUGAAUCUGAAGCAAGAACAAAACGGGUCGUUGGAACAUAUGGUUACAUGUCUCCAGAAUAUGCCAUCGAUGGAGUGUACUCAAUAAAAUCAGAUGUUUUUAGCUUUGGGGUUUUGGUGCUAGAGAUUGUAACUGGGAAGAGAAACAGAGGAUUUAACCACCCGGAUCACGCCCUUAAUCUUCUUGGGCAUGCAUGGACACUCUAUAUGGAAGGUAAGCCUUUGGAACUGAUUGAUGCAUCCAUGGGGGACUCCUGUAAUCAAUCUGAAGUGCUACGUGCUCUCAAUGUGGGACUAUUAUGCGUACAACGUAGUCCAGAUGAUCGACCAAGCAUGUCUUCUGUGGUUCUGAUGUUGAGUAGUGAGAGUGCAUUACAUCAGCCUAAAGAGCCUGGUUUUUUCACUGAAAGAAACAUGCUGGAAGGAAGUUCUUCAGCAAGCAAGCAUGCAAUUUUUUCUGGCAAUGAACACACCAUUACAUUAAUAGAGGGUCGAGGGAAAGGAAACUAUAGGGAGACUUGGAAAGCACCUAAAAUCUCAGGCAUUCUUCAUCUAGGAACAACUAUGGAUUCUCUUACAACAGUCGUAUUCAUCUUCUCCAAUGUAUUUUCCCUCUUAAGAAUCUCCACUGCAGUAGACACCAUAACUGUAAAUCAACACAUUAGAGAUGGAGAGACCAUCACUUCAGCGGGUGGGACCUUUGAAUUGGGUUUCUUCAGUCCAGGUAAUUCUGAGAAUCGAUACUUGGGGAUAUGGUACAAGAAAGCGUCUACGAAGCCUGUGGUAUGGGUUGCCAACAGAGAGAGUCCACUAACUGAUUCAUCAGGAGUUUUGAGGGUCACUCAUCAGGGAAUUCUUGUUGUUGUCAACGGUAUUAAUAGAAUUCUUUGGAAUUCUAAUUCAUCUCGUUCUGCACAGAAUCCAAAUGCUCAGCUUUUGGAAUCUGGAAAUCUUGUUAUGAAAAAUGGCAAUGACAGUGACCCAGAAAACUUCCUAUGGCAGAGUUUUGAUUAUCCAUGCGAUACUCUUCUACCAGGCAUGAAGCUUGGAAGAAACACAGUAACAGGCCUGGAUUGGUACCUGUCAUCAUGGAAGAGUGCUGAUGACCCUUCUAAAGGUAAUUUUACUUAUGGGAUUGAUCCUAGUGGACUUCCACAACUGGUUUUGAGGAAUGGUUUAGCUGUAAAGUUUCGUGCUGGACCAUGGAAUGGUAUUCGAUUGAGUGGGUUACCUCAAUUAACCAAAAACCCUGUUUAUACAUAUGAUUAUGUUGCUAAUGGAAAGGAGAUAUAUAUUAUUUAUUAUCUUGUUAAAAGCUCUAUUAUUAUGAGGCUUGUGUUAACUCCUGAAGGUAAAGCACAGAGGUUCACAUGGGCAGAUGAAAAAAAUGAAUGGACUCUUUAUUCAACUGCACAGAAGGAUGACUGUGACAGUUAUGCAUUAUGUGGUGCAUAUGGAAUCUGUAAGAUUGACCAAUCUCCCAACUGUGAGUGUAUGAAAGGAUUUAGGCCAAAGUUCCAAAGCAAAUGGGACACGGCAGAUUGGUCAGAUGGAUGCGUUCGAAGUACUCCACUGGAUUGUCGGAAGGGUGAUGGAUUUGUAAAGUACUCUGGUGUGAAACUUCCAGACACGCGGAACUCCUGGGUUCAUGAAAGCAUGAACCUCAAGGAAUGUGCAUGGAUGUGCUUGAGGAACUGCUCUUGCUCUGCUUAUGCAAAUUCAGAUAUCAGAGGAGGAGGAAGUGGAUGCUUGCUCUGGUUUGAUGACUUGAUUGACAUCAGGGACUUCACUCAAAAUGGGCAAGACUUCUAUGUAAGGAUGCCUGCAUCAGAAUUAGAAGCUUCUUCAAGCCUAAAUAGCAGCUCCAAGAAGAAGAAAAAGGAGGUCAUGGUCGUCUCUAUAUCAAUUACUAUAUCAAUUAUAGGAAUAGUUCUUUUAAGUCUUAUCCUGACCUUGUAUGUGCUCAAGAAGAGGAAGAAGCAGCAAAAGAGAAAAGGAUACAUGGAACACAAUUCAGACGGAGGUGAAAAAAUUGAAGGCCAGGAGCAUCUAGAGUUACCAUUAUUUGACUUGGAUAUAUUAUUGAAUGCCACCAAUUACUUUUCUAGUGACAAUAAGCUUGGAGAGGGUGGUUUUGGACCUGUCUACAAGGGAAUAUUGCAAGGGGGACAAGAAAUAGCAGUGAAGAUGUUGUCAAAAACUUCUAGACAAGGAAUAAAAGAGUUCAAAAAUGAAGUUGAAUCCAUUACAAAACUUCAGCAUCGAAAUCUUGUAAAGCUUCUUGGAUGCUGCAUCUAUGGUAGAGAAAGGAUGUUGAUCUAUGAAUACAUGCCCAACAAAAGCUUGGACUUGUUCAUUUUUGAUCAAAUGCGAAGCGGGACACUAGAUUGGCUUAAGCGCUUCCUCAUUAUCAAUGGGAUCGCUCGAGGCCUUCUUUAUCUUCAUCAAGAUUCCAGACUCAGGAUAAUCCAUAGAGAUCUCAAAGCAGAAAACAUUUUACUAGACAAUGAAAUGAGCCCCAAAAUUUCAGACUUUGGAAUAGCAAGAAGUUUUGGAGGAAAUGAAACUGAAGCAAACACAACAAGAGUGGCUGGAACAUUAGGUUAUAUGUCUCCAGAGUAUGCAAGUGAAGGAUUGUAUUCUACAAAAUCCGAUGUUUUUAGCUUUGGUGUUUUGGUACUAGAGAUUGUAAGUGGGAAGAGAAAUAGAGGAUUUAACCACCCAGACCACGACCUUAAUCUUCUUGGGCAUGCAUGGACACUCUUUAUAGAAGAUCGGUCUUCCGAAUUUAUUGAUGCAUCAAUGGGGAACAUUUGCAAUCUAUCUGAAGUGCUGCGUUCAAUCAAUUUGGGUCUAUUAUGUGUGCAACGUUUCCCAGAGGAUCGACCAAGCAUGCAUUAUGUGGUUCUGAUGUUGGGUGGUGAGGGUGCACUACCUCAGCCUAAAGAGCCUUGUUUCUUCACUGAUAAGAAUAUGAUGGAAGCAAAUUCUUCCUCUGGUACUCAACCUACCAUCACACUGUUGGAAGCUCGAUAGAAGAUGCUUCAUGUUGAGGUUUUGUUGUCUUUAGACCUGUGACUUCAACUACUUUUGGCAACUUUUCUCAACCACACUACUUAGUUUCCAACAAAAGACUCAUUUAAGAUGUUAUCAGGUGAUUGGUUUUUGCUGCUGCUUUUUGUAUGGAUGAUAAUAGUUAUUCGUAGCAUAUAAGUUCAAUAAUAGAAGUUGACCAUAUAAUGAAAACUAUUCUUUUCAAAAA